CAAAUUUACCGUCAUUUAUAAUUUGAACCUACAAUUUCCAGAAAACAUCUAUAAAGAAAAAAGAAACAAUAUAUUUCUCACUUUGACGGUUUGUUUAGUGAUUACUUAAGCAAGGUAACUUGGGUACGAGUAAAGCUUUCCAUUCCAUCUCUCUACAGAUUUGGAGAAUUCACAUUUCAUUCUUUUCUAGAGAAUACCACUGAAAAUAGACUUUUUCUUUUUACUUACUUAGAAAUUACAAUCUCAAUUCUGCCAGUUGUUGGUUUAGUAUCUUGCAUUUAGCUAGUGCAAUAGACAGGAAUUCAUAGAAAAGUGAAAGCAACAUGGAACUGAAUAAGUACAGUACUGAGGAAAUUGAAGAGUUGUCUUUGGCAGCGCGAGAUUAUGCUACUGCUCAUGGCUUACUGUUUGUAGAUGCAGCACAAAAAAAGGAGGAUACGAAUGGCGCUACUCAGGUUCCUCUGACGCUUUUCCCUAGUCCUGUUCCCAGAAACGCUUUCAUACAAGGAGUUUCUGUACAGAAAGCCUAUAAUAAGCUUUAUGCCAAAAUUGCCAAUGAUUUUGAAUUUCUCAAGACUCACUUAGAGUCUAUUACGAAGUAUGACAAGUUUAUGGACAAACUAUGGGACUUGUAUAUGAAACAUCUUGACGCCAAUGAAAAACUCAAGCCUGAGUUACGCCAGCCUUUAGCGCUGGGUAUCUUCCGAUCGGAUUAUAUGGUGAAUAAAGAUGAUCAAGAAGUUAGCAGUAAGCAAGUCGAAUUCAACACCAUUUCGGUAUCUUUUGGGGGUCUUAGCAAAAUGAUGGCCAACUUGCAUUUUUACUGUUCCUCUUCUGGUCUAUACAAAAAGACUUUGGAACACAACUAUCUCACUGUUAACACUUCGAUUACUGGUAUUUGCAGUGGUAUAUCUAGUGCUUACAAUGCUUAUUGUGAACAAGCAAAAGGGAUCACUUCUACGAAAUUACAUGCUACCGAGAGAAUUGAACCCAUUGUUUUAUUUGUCGUGAAAGACAGUGAGCGUAACAUUUGUGAUCAGCGUCUUUUGGAAUAUGACCUUCUCAGCCGUUUCAAAAUCAGGUCAAAACGUGUUGCCAUUCGCCAUUUGGACUUAUUGAUGCGAGAUGAUGAAAGUAACAAGCUAUAUUACAAAACUCCUAACGGCAUUUUUGAGGUUGCCAUUGUUUACUAUCGAUCAGGUUAUGCGUUAGAUGAUUACCCUACGAACAAGGAGUGGGAGAUCCGUUUAAUGAUUGAGAAUUCUCUUGCCAUUAAGUGUCCUACCAUUGCUACACACUUGGCAGGCUCAAAGAAGAUUCAGCAGGUGCUUGCCGAAAGCAAUGCUCUUGAAAAAUUUGUGCAUGGUGACGAGCUUAAAGCCAUUGAGUCAACUUUUGCAGAUAUGUAUCCUCUGAAUGACACGCCCCGCGGCCAAGAGGGUAUAAAGCUUGCUCUUGAAAACUCUGAUGACUUUGUUUUGAAGCCUCAACGUGAAGGUGGUGGUAACAACACCUAUGGAAAAGAUAUUCCUGACCUUUUAAACAAACUUCCUAAGGAGGAAUGGGAUUCCUACAUUUUGAUGCGUUAUAUCAAAUCUCUUCCUUCACAGAAUUACAUCUUGAAAGGAAGUGUCGCCGAAAAAUAUGAUGUCGUUGACGAAAUUGGCAUUUUAGGAACCAUUGUUUGGAAUACCAAGACAGCUGAAGAAAUAAACAAUGGUAACGCCGGCUACAUUUGCCGUACAAAGCCAGUUUCUUCCCAUGAAGGUGGUGUAGCUACUGGUUAUGCUUCUUUGUCUAGUGUAGAUUUAAUUGACUAAUGAGGAUGAACACUCCAUUAUGAGACUGCCUAUAUCUACUUAUCAUGUCAGACUUGUUACAGAUUUUUGAAGACCACUUCGAUCUAAUAGACUUUUAUGUAUUAGAUAAAAACAAAAGAGGGCUAUAGUACGUAUCGUAUAUUUCUGA